CAGAACAGUCUCCUGAAGACUCCGAAACGCUUUCGCAGCGUUAGUCAUCGCCCGACUUCCCGGACUUACAUAUGCGGCUUCAUUUUUGCCUUUUUUCCCCCUCUCGUUGUUGAUUUCUUUUUAUUUAUUAUUUAUUUUAUUUUUAUUCUUUUGGAGGGGGCGAAAUGCCUUGGCUACAGUAGGAUGCGCUUGUAAGGAGGGAGAGCCAUGGAUUUAGGAUUUUCAUUUGUUUCAUUACAGAAAGAGAUCCCCGCCGAUGAAACACCAUGGAGUGACUGAUAUGCAGUAUUAAAAGGGGGGAGAUAGACCCUUUUGGUCCGUCGGUUUCUUGUAUCCUGCGUUUUUUUCCCCCUUUGGAGCCCCUUGGCGAUCGGUCUUAUUUUCUCUCCGUCAGCGGCUGGUAGGGGAGGCGGAGAGAGAGCCGCGGUGGAAGGCGGCGUUUUAACGCUGUAGCUGGGGUGCAGAAAUGAUUCCUUUUAUUUUUGAAUUAUAAUCUUUUAUCGUUGUCAAAUGUUUUUCCUGGAAUGAAACGGGUCUUUUUGUUUUGCGACCAGCCUCCCCCAACUUGUGCUUCACUGCAGCAUUUUGCGUCUCUUCCCUCCGUUGCAGAUGAUACGGAGAACCAUAACAGCGGCACCUUCUCACUGCAAUUUUUGGGGGCAAAGAUAAAGAGUGGCGUCGUCUUAUGGCAGCAUAACGGAGGAGGGAGGGGGUCGAGAAUUCCUUCCUUUAAAAAAAACUACAACAUUUACAAUGCCUUAUCAUUAGCAGAAAGCAGUGACUGGAUUUAAAACCCAGCGUCAUCCCCGCUGCAAAAGCUGCUGUUUACCCGCUGAAAAGCAUUUGGGGAAAAAAGCAGCGGAUCCCAAUGGCAUGGACACUUAUGCAAGGUCCGCCGCGCUGCCGUGCUACUGCUGGAGCCCACUCGCUUUCUCCUCCUUCAACCCAGGUCCACCGCCAUCGCCCCGCAGCCCAGAGUGCCCUGCCGCAACGCGACCAGCCCCCACCGAGCCAAAGCAGGCGGCAUGAGGCUUGAUCCGGUGCAUCUAUCCAUGCUGCUCAUCGGGGUCUCAUUCGCCUGCUACUCCCCGAGUCUGAAUUCCCUGCAGGACCAGGCUUACAGGUCCGCCGUGGUGAUCGAGGGCAAGGUGCAGUCCACGCCUGCGGGGAACGCGUCCGCGGAGCCGUACCGUGUGAGUGUCAAAGUGCUGGAGGUUUGGCCCCUGAACAGCGGCGGUCUGGAGCGGGAGCAGCUCGUCACCGUGGGGGAGUUCGGAUCCGAGGCUCCGUGCACCAAAGUGAAGAAGAACCACAAGUACAUCUUUUUCAUGGACCCCACGGACGAGCCCUUGGUUUUCAAGGCAUCGUUCGCACCCCUUGACACGAGUGGAAAGAACCUGAAGAAGGAUGUUGGGAGGAUCUUGUGUGAGGACUGCGCUGCUCCAAAGAUAAAACCCAUCAAGAAUCCGAUAAUCGUGGUCGAGGGAAGCAAGCUCAUAGUGAAGUGUGAGGCCACAGGAGACCCUGUCCUUAACUACACAUGGUUCAAAGAUGGCAACGAGCUUAAACGAAACAAAAAGGUCAAACUCAAACGGAAAGGCUCCAGAGUCCACAUCAACAGAGCAACACUGGAGGAUUCUGGGAAUUACACAUGUGUGGUGGAGAACACGCUGGGGAAGGACAACUCCACUCGCACUGUUAACAUCCAAAGCACAGAAAAAGGGAAAGAGGAAGCAACUACAAUAGAGCCGAAAGCGAGGGUGCAGGAGCAUACAGUAACCACAACACUAUCUCCAGACUCAGGCCAUACCAGAAGGUGCAACGACACAGAGAAGAACUACUGUGUGAAUCAGGGCGAAUGUUACUUCAUCACUGGUAUAAAUAAGAUUGCCUGCAAAUGUCAGGAAGGAUACUACGGCCAGCGAUGCACACAGAUCGAGCCACGGCGGUUGUACAUGCUCGAUCCUAAGCAUCUUGGGAUUGAAUAUAUGGAGGCAGAGGAAUAUUACCAGAAACAAGUCCUGACAAUCACGGGUAUUUGUGUGGCUCUGUUGGUGGUGGGCAUCUUGUGUGUGGUUGCCUACUGUAAAACCAAGAAACAAAGAAACAGAAUGCACAAUCAUAUGCGACAGAACAUGUAUCCUGAACAUCCCAAUCGUAACCUUGCUAACGGACCUAAUCACCCAGGACCCGGCCCGGAGGAAAUUCCUAUGGUUGAUUACAUGUCAAAGAUUGUCCCUACGACCGAGCGAGUCAUACGGCCCGCCACAGAGCGAUCAUUCCAAGCCAGUCAUGCCUCUUCCAGAUCUCACAACUCUUCCACACGAGCCCACUCAUCAACUCAAAGACACGAGGAACGGACAUGGAGCCUGGAACGUUCUGAAAGUUUCCUCUCUGACUCGCCGGGAAUGAUGUCAUCGUCCGUGGGGACCAGUAAAUGCAGCAGUCCAGCGUGCAUGGAGGCGCGGGCGCGGCGGGCUGCUCACUGUGGUUACUCUGAUCCCCAUCGGCCGGGGCUGCAGUACGGGGACUCGUUCGACUCGCUGGGAGACUCUCCACACAGCGACAGGUACGUGUCAGCCCUGACAACACCAGCCCGCCUCUCCCCGGUGGAUUUCCAUUACUCAUUGCCUCCCCAGGUGCCUACCUUCCAGAUAACAUCCCCCAAUGCCAGCCAUGCCAUGUCGCUCCCUCCUGCUGUCCACAACCCCUAUCCCCUGAAGGACGACCAGCCGCUGCUGCGCCGCUACCAGGUGCCCCUCCAUGACACCCAGUGCCAGGAGCCCUACCGACAGCAGCGCCGCUCCUACCUAAAGGACAGCAGGGGCAGCCUGCCCUCAAGCCCCUACCGGCUGGCUGAGGAAGAAGACUACGAGACCACCCAGGAGUACCUCUCCUCUCGGGAGCAACCAAAGACAAGUGGGUCCGGCGAAACCGGUAGCCGGCGCUGGAGGAGAUCCAGACUGAACGGCCACGUGGCGCCGCGCGGAUACAAGGCGUCCCGGGACUACGGAUCUCAAACCUGCCUAACAGAAAGCGAGUCAGAGGAGGACGGUGAGAGCACUCCCUUCCUCAGUAUGCAGAACAUGAACGCUGAGCCCUCCACCAUCUACAGGCCGGUGGACAGUCGGACUUCUCACUCGUCAGGGUGGCACAGUGGCCGUGACAACAUGCACACGAGACUCACGCAGCCGCGCUCCAAACCGGACAGUACGCCCCAUUAGAGAGCGACGACGAACCAACAAAAGUCAAUAUAGUAUAGACCUGCAUCUAUAAGAAAUAUUUUUAUUUUAUAUAACUGACAGAUAUUGUAAACAAAUGAAAUAUUUAUUUUCAUUUUAGCAAAAGUUGUCUACUAGUUAACAGCAAAGAAUUUUUUAUAGGGAAAACUCUAUUUAUAUGUACAUUUUGAUUUACAGCAUAAAAAAAAAAGAUGUGCCAGUUUUUUCACAACGUAAAAAAAAAAAAAAAAAAAAAAAAAAUAGAGUAAUAUUGUGGUGCCUUUUGCUGUUUGCCGAUGCCAGAGGGCGAGUGGAGGUUUUGUAGCCUUUCUUAUAUGGACGCCUCAUUUUUUAUACACAUUUAUGUUUUUUUGUUCUGUCAGAUUUUUAUUUUUAUUUUUUCCCUGUCUCACUUUUCUUUCCAAAAAAAAAAGGCAUUCUUUGAGAAGUCUUUCCCCACUGGAGCAUAACCCCUUCCAUGUCACGCAAUAUAAACCACUUCAACAUAAAGUGUGUGUUUACAUUUAAUAUGAUUCGUCCUGUAGGAUUUGGGGGUUUGGGAUGUAACAGAAAGCCUGAUAAAUACAUUGUAGAAUAUUUCUACCUUCUGACUGAUGUGUUACCCCCCCGAGAGACGGGGAAGGACGACAGUAGUGUUUUGGUUAACCGUGGGCGCGAAUGAAUCUGAGUGUGUGUGUGUGUGUGUAUGUGUGUGUGUGUCGGGGUGAGACUUUGCUUGCAUGUGUUUGUGACUGUUAGGAGAAUUUUGUGUUGUAAGUUUAAAUGUGUGGAUCUCAGAAGAGCUCGUAACGACCCGCCCCACCCCCACCCCCUCUCGCCCCCCUUGUGUAGGUGGACAGGUAAGGCUUGGCUGUGCCACGCAGGUCAUUGCUUAAUGAUGUGUUUACAACGCUGUGGCCCCAAGCCUGCCCCUAUUUUGUCCUUUUUUAUUUACAUCCUCGCAGCUUUUUGUCCUCGUGUUAGUCUGUACGUGGCCAACAAACACUUAGCUGCUUGGCACAGAAAGGGGAUGCCUACGUCGGAGGCCGAGACAAAAGAUAUCAUCUGUUUUCGCUCAAAAGCCCUUUUCUCCUCACACAGCUCACCAUCGUUCUGUUUCCAUUCUGUUUCUGUGGCUCGUGUUAAAGGUCACACAGUGUCUCAGGAUUUCCACACGUUCCCCCCCACCUUCCACACCCACUUUCACCUCUUCCUCGAGGAAGGCCUACCUAAGACGAUGGUUCUCGGAAGUUGAGGACCUGGAGGUAAACGCGAGUCCUCUGAACGCCCCACGCGCAAAGAAAAGGAAAGCUAGGCGGAAGCAGCUCGUUCGGAGUAGAGUAAAGACAAUGUAGUGAAAUAGCUGUGAAAUCUACGGAGGGUCAUACAAUGCAAAAAUAUGCAAACUUUAUAUUUUGCUGUUUGAUGACAUCAUUUUCUAAGAGGUGACUGUAGCGUGUUGUGUGUGCAAAGAACUCUGUAAUGCCUAUAGUGUAGAAUGAGACAAAUGGGUACCCAUCUGAGUUCUUUUUAUAGCCAUUAUGCAGACAUCCAUUCGUUUGGGGGAGCCUUUCUCCUUCACUUGUCCAUAGAGCGACUGUGUUCGUGGCAAGGGUUUGUUCAGACCUCUCCACCUUAAACACAUACUUCCAAAUACUGUCUCCUCUAGUGGUACUGUGUACUGCUUUGUCUAUCUGACAAAUAUUAUCAUUUUGAAUUUACUCCAUAAAUGUUUGAUUAUUUUUAAGAUGCUCAUGUAUUACACAACAUCGCUCUCAUUUAAAGUAGAGAUGUGCCAAGGAUUAAACCAACCUUGUCUGGUGACUGGUCAGUCAGAAACUCAAAAAUCCCAUAUUUUCCCAAGUAUUGAACACAGCGUUUUGUAAGCGUUACCAAUGACACUUUUCUGUUUACGCUGUUAGAGAAAGAGGACUUGAAAAGGUUUGCAGACGAGUGGGGUCCAUAGAGAGUGUUGGACUUGAUAAGUGUCUCUUUUUAAAUUGUUAAACAUGUUGGUGGUGCAUGACGCCUUUUCAGUUUUAUUUUAUUUGCAAGCAUCACCGCUUCUGAAGGAACUAGCCUCUGGGGGUAACUCCAGUGAUCUUUCUUGCCGCAGUUCAAUGUGUACCAGACAUGGCAAGUAAUCAUGGGCAUGGUGUAGGUUUCGCUUUAAAAACAGCAGUUACCGUGGCACACAGAUCUAUCUACAUUUGCUACAUCUCAUUCUCAAUUACAGUUAUCCCAAGUCAGCUGACGCAGCGCUGUGACCGCCUUUCUUAAAGCGCCAGAGACCGUAACAGGAAGAGGCUGUUUUCAACUUCCACUUUGUUGCAACAUCUAGCUGGGAUACAGAGUAGCAUCUUAAUAAUAUUUUAAGGAUGAGUGAGAGGUGCUAGUUUUCAGGUGUUACUGGAGACUCACACGUGAACGCUCAUAUUGGCUUUACUUUUCCCAGAAAGCAGCAGGUGCUUUAUUGGCCUGAGUUUUAAAGCACUCACACAUGACCCGGUCCUCACUCAGUAGUACAUCCCAGCUGUAGAGAGACUAGGACAUUUUUUCUACAUUUAUAUCCAGACUGUAAUGGCUGAAAUGUUGUUUCUUUUAAUCUUCAAAGUUUAUUUUACCAGCUUCGAAUUAAGAAAACUAAACAUAUAAAUUCAGUUUCAAUGUGCCAAAACGUCCUUUCUUACUUCUACAGAGUCAAUUACAGAUAUACAUACUUGGCCAAUUAUGUAUACUGACACUGUCAAGCCAAUAUCUGCUUUUCUUAUUUUUCAGUAGUUAACAAAAAUACAUUGUGGCAAAUUAACAAAAGAGCAAAUUGACAUACUGAAAGGGAUUAACUUAUUACAGGAAAUAUUAUUUGGAUUUAAUCAUCUCAGACUUGAGUUAAUGGUUUACAUUUUCUUGGGGAAUACACACAAAGACCAAUGUUCAUUUCUACUAAUGCCAGGAGUACUAAGCAUCAUAAUUGCUAAUAUAAGUUACUGGCAAUUUUUGUUUUAGAAUAGUAAAUCCCUGUUUGAAAGCAUCUGUUCUCUCAAGCACACAACAGGUUGUCAACUCUCUUCAGUCUUUGAAUAAUAACCUACACUUAGGAAAUGAAAGGGAAUCAAAAGGUUGCUACCAAGCUCCGACUGGUGCAUCUCUACUUUAAAGGGGCAUGUUAAGAAGUGACAGCCAAUAAUCAUACACCACUGUUGGUCUGUUCCUAUUUAUUCUUUAUAAAAUAGCAACUGAAUGCUGAAUUGUCCCAUGAAUAUUGACCCAAAACUGUCAAAAAAAAAAAAAAAAAAAAA